AUGGGCAAUAGUAAGGAAAAUAUUUGCAGAAUUUGUUUCACAAAAAUUAAAGAUAACUUAUAUAAAUUUAUAGAAGACAUUCAUAAAGAAAUGCUGGAGGUAGUAGUUAAGAAAUUGGAUUGGGAACUAUCUGUAGAUCCCGUUAUAUGCGAGGAGUGUAUUACCAAACUGCAUGAUUCGUUUUCCUUCAAGUCAAAUUGCAUUUAUGUGGAAGACUUUUUGACACCCUACAUCACCGAACAGAAACAUGAAUAUCUGAAAGAUGAGAGAAAAAAAGAAGAUGAUAAUGAACGUGAGAAGACAUUCAUAUUGGACAUUCCUCUACAAAAUGAGCAUCGUUUGUGUCGUUUAUGUAUUGCUCCAAUCGCCGGCAAUGAAAUACAUUUAAGUGAAGUAGACAAAGAGAGAUUCAAGAAAUAUCUACCAGAAAUUAAUGCAUGCUCUAAUCUAAUUGAUAUCGUUUGUUCACCAUGUUUCGACCUAUUACAAAAUUACUUCAAUUUCUCUGAAAUGUGCUUUGAAAAUGAAAGCAAACUAGAAGCAUACUGUAAAACAAUAAGAAGGAAGUGCAAUCGGAAAGUAGUUUUGGAAGCGUUCCUGAAGUAUGCAGGAGAAACCAGCAAUACAUCUGAAAGAAACGCCAGAAAGGAGCAGUUUGGGGUACGACAAAUGCCAGAUGGUAGAUUUGGUUGUCCGGUUUGUUCUUUUGUAACGAAAUAUUUACCAUAUAUGAGAGUACAUAUAUUAUCUCAUGAAAGUGGACUCAAAAUGUACAAGUGUCCAGAAUGUCCCUUAGAGACCAAAUAUGAGGACGUAUUGAAAAAGCAUAUCAAAACAAAGCAUUCCGAUGACGCGGAAAUAUUUGCAUGCGACACAUGUUCCUUCACAACAAAACAUAAAAUAUCACUUAGAAGACAUGUUAUUACACACAAAGAAAAUACUAUUUAUAAAUGCGACAAAUGUACUUUCCAUACCAAAAAAAGUUCAACCAUGGAAAACCAUGUAUGUAAAGAGAAGAAAACUUUUAAUUGUGAGCUUUGUCCUUAUAAAAGUUUGAAAAAAAGGAAUCUUAAAUGUCAUUUGCUUAUUCAUAAAAAACCAUUAGAGUCGGAAUUAAUGAAAUGUAAAGUUUGCGAAUUCAGAACGCCAAGAAGAUCAACAUUGAAAAAACAUGAAAAGAUUCAUGACAGAGAUGAUAACAAAAUGACGCUCCAUAAGUGUCCGCAUUGUAUUCAUGAAACAUUCGGUAUAUUAAGCCUUUAUAAUCACCUUCAUAAGGUUCACGACCGACCAAAAAAGCAGAGUCUCAAAAAUAAGUAUUUCACUGAACGACAUAUCAGACAUUUUAAAUGUCCAAUUUGCGAUUUUGCAUCGAAGACAGGAAAUGGACUUGCUAAUCAUGCAACCACCAAACAUGGUAAUGUGAAAUUAAAAAUCAGUCACGAAAAGAAAAAGUUCAAAUGCGAUAUUUGUGACUACCAAACUCCGAACAAACACUAUUUCAAACUCCACCAAGUCAAACAUAAGGAGAUUCCAGAUGAAGAAAUGCAUAAAUGCGAUAAAUGCAGUUUCAAAACGAAAUGGGCCAGUGUACUAAAAUCACACCACCAAGUGAGACAUAGUAAUUUUACAUUCAAAUGUCCCAUGUGUUCAUUCGAAACAAAACACAGAAAAUGCAUCAGCCAACAUAUCAAUGUUCGUCAUGGUUUACGUACAAAGUUAUAUAAAUGUAAAAUAUGCUCUUUCAGCUCGAAAUGGUUAGCCAGCAUUAUUAAUCAUCAGUCUGUACAUAAGGCACCAGCUCUGAAAUGCACUAAAUGCGACUUCAAAACUAGAUAUCCGAAGAGUCUCAGAAAUCACCUACGUGAUAUGCACAACUCUUUGGCUAAAAGUAAUGUCAAACCUGAUAAAAGUAAAGAAAAGUUUCAGUGUGCAUGCUGCCCCUUCGAAACUGAUAACAUUAGGGGUCUAAGUGUGCAUAUCAACAGGAAACAUAAGGAGAGUGUGAACGAUAUUUAUGAGUGUGACCAGUGUCCCUUCUCGACAAAAAAUAGGUCUACUUUUACGAAUCACUCAAUAAUUCAUCGGGAUGUUCCACAAGAGGAAUUGUUCAAAUGUGAAUUAUGCGAAUUCAAAAGUAAAUACGAGAGGUCACUGCGGAAUCAUAUAAGCAACAGACAUUCAAAUGAAUGUCAACAGAAUACUGUCAGUACACAGGGCGAGGUAGAAAAGAGUUGA